GGCUGCUCCCAACUCCCAUCCUCCCCCUCCCGGAGUACGAAGUACUAGAAAGAGAGCGGCUUUCCUCUAAGAAUGGCGGGUGGCGGCGCCGGCGACGACGACGUGGUGGUGGUGAGCUGCGGCGGCAGAGGCGGCGGCGACCCCGGCGCAUACGCCGCGGUGCUCAAGAGGAAGCUCGACCUGUACUGCGCCGCCGUCGCCAAAUCCAUGGAAGCUAAAUCACAAGAACAUUCGUUGGGCUACCCCAACUCACAAGCUUCAGAUGCUUCGCAAUUGAUUUCUCAAGCUUCCUUUGAUGGUGACAUAGAUGGGGCAAGCCUAGUUACAAACUCUAAUGUCAUAGAAGAUGAUGAUUUUCAAGGCAAGCCAACCAACAGUGGCACAUCAAAGGAACUGUCAGACGAUGAUGGUGACCUUGAAGAGAAUACUGACCCCGCUAACGCCAAGAAGAUGAGGAGAAUGGUGUCAAACCGGGAAUCGGCUAGGCGAUCAAGAAAGAGGAAGCAAGCACACUUGACCGAUCUUGAAUCACAGGUUUCCAGGUUAACGUCUGAGAAUGCAUCUUUGCUGAAGCGACUGGCUGAUAUGACUCAGAAAUACAAGGACGCUUCCGUUGACAAUAAAAAUCUAACAGUUGAUGUUGAGACUAUGAGGAGAAAGGUGAACAUAGCCGAGGAAGCUGUCAGGAGGCUAACUGGGAUCACCCUCAUGCUACCGACCGCUUUUGAGAAGCCCACGAGCAGCGCGCCCCUGUCAUCAUGUCCAUCUGAUGCAGCUUCUGCUUCUGCUUCUGCCGCCAUUGAAGACAGCGUGAAGCAUUUCCUCCAGGCGCCACUUGAAAACAGUGGGAUCAUCCCAAACGCAGCAGUUUUUCAGACCAAGCCAGCUUCUCUGCACCGUGUUGCUAGCCUGGAGAACCUGCAGAAGAGGAUCGUCGGGGAUGCAAUGUAUUCCGAGACCGCGUCAACGACAUUCUCAGAUCCUGAAGCUCUUGCCGAUAGGUAAAGGUUGCUCCUGUCCUGUGAUGAACAGCCGUGUGAUGCUCUAGCGGCCUAAGUGCUUCUGGUAAUGGAAGUUGUAGCACCCAUGCGCCUGGGUGGGGUCUACACAGUGAUUUGUACACUAUUUUGAAGGUUAAUAAUAAUUGUUGAGAAAUGAUCUCAUCCCUUUGUACCUAUAUAAGUAAAGUAUUCCAUUAAUAAAGAGAAUAGAGUUUUCACUCUUC